AAACUUUCUUGAAACAGACAAUCAAUAUUACAUUUUCUUUCUUGCCACACUGUGUACGUCACUGCUAUCGGCCCUUUCUGCAUGCAAGUAGCAUCGUUGCGUCCCAGCAAAACACACAAAGAAGCUUAACAGCCGCGGCGGAUGCUUGCUGAUCCGCCACCAUUUUUUUUGCCUUUGGUCAUCUUUUAAGCUUUCGCCUUUCUGCAACACCACCACCACCACCACCUCGACAGCUCCAAGAAAUACCACUCUACGCUGCUGUCGAAUAUACACAGCACCAUGGAACGGCCGAAACAAAAGGUCGCUGUCAUCGGCACCGGCCUUGCUGGACUCACAACCGCCUAUCUCCUGCACAACGACCCCUCACAGCGCUACCAAGUGACGCUGGUCGACCAGUCCGAUGAACUCUCCUUUGCUGCAGCUUCGGUAGCCGUCCAAGACACAGCGACCGGCGCCGUCGAGCAGGUCGAUAUCCCCAUGCGUGCCAGCGCCGGCGGCUACUACGAUAACCUGAUGCGCAUGUACAAGCUGCUCGAGAUCCCGCUGCACCCUAUCCGCUUCCUCUUUGCCUUUUCCAAGCCAGCUACCGGAAGCACGUUAUCUCUCGACCUUGUGCAGCAGGCCGGCGCCGUCCCUGGCUCGUACUUUGUCCAUGCGUCCAACCUGCACCAGCUGCCGCCACGGCCCCUGGGUACAAGCCGCGUAACGCACUUUUUCGAAAUCAUAUACCUUAUUAUAUGCCACUUUUGGUUCUCGAUAGCCUGUUUCUUGGUGGCGCCGUGCAACGACGACUCAGGCAGCAACAGCGAGACCUUGGGCCACUACUUGAGCAGAAUAUGGCUGCCCCGACGCUACGCCACACGCUACCUGAUGCCGCUUAUGAGCUCCGUCUCGACAUGUACGCACGCCGAAAUGUUAGCGUUUCCCGCAAGUGACAUUGUCAACUAUAAGAAACAUUCGACCGGUCAUCAUCACUACGCCGUCUGCGGCGGGGCCCAUCAGGUGCAGGAUCGCCUGGCCCUCGGCAUCACAGAUAUCCGCCUCAGCACCAGAAUUAUAGCAGUAGAUCCGUGUGACAGCACCCAAACAACGAAACUUACACUGCAAUCAGUAGACACGCAAGCCACGGUAGACGAAUCCUUUGACCAAGUGGUGCUCGCCGUGUCGCCCGAUGUGGCGGGACGCAUCUACAAGCCGCUCUCCAAGAUCCUCGCUGUCGUUCCCACCACACCGGCCGAGUCGUCGGUGCUUACUCCAGACCCGAUGCGAUACAAGAUUGUGCCGCGCAAUAGUGCCAAAGCAACAUGCGGACACCAUAGCGCUGGAACUACGCCGCCGCAAACGAUUACCUUUCGCACGCAGUUUGGCGCUACGGACGGCCGCACUGAAGCCAUGCACGCCAUGCCUGGCGGCGCCAUUGUCAGCACAUGCCCACUGGAAGGAGGGGAGACAAAGGAGACACUGCGUUACGCUCGCUUCACACGAACACUUCGCACAGCCGAGAGCAGAGGUGUAGUGCAGCGGCUUAUGGGCGAGAGUAGCAGCAGUAGUCGCAGCCAGACAAGUGUGGACUGGGUCAAUGGCCAGGACAACGUCUGGCUAGCGGGCGCCUGGUGCUGGGACGGCAUGGUUCUUCUGGAGGGCUGUGUAGUGUCUGCUAUGCGCGUAGCGAGAAGCCUGGGAGUAGAAGCGCCCUGGGAGGCGGGCCAAUAAUGUCUUUUAUGAUUCCUAGUAUUAUACCAUAUGACGGAACCCGACCAUCCGUCGACCAUGAAUAAAUAAACAUGAGCACCCAACAGGCAUCUGAGAUCGUCUGCACGUGCGUAUGAUCCGCCAUCUGGUAUCGGACACACUAAAACGUAAAAAAAAACCUGUUUUCAAUUUUUAAACCAGAUGGCAGCCGAGUCAGUCCGCCUCACUAAACGCCCUUUGCUGUGUCCAUGCCCCAUACAGGGGGGUUCCAGCCGACCCUACGCCUGGUCGGGCGUGGUGCACUUUCCUAUCCCCG